AUGGCCACUAGAAAGAUCCCGACUGUUUGUGAUCCAGUCAACAUGGACCAUCUUAAGACCAUUCUUACUUAUUUGCAACCUCCAAAGCGAACCGUUACGGUGACAGCAUUAUAUAUAUACCCGGUAAAGGGCUGUAGAGGCAUUGCUGUCACAUCACGACGCACGAACGAAAAUGGAUUUGA